AUGCAACGAGUAACAGCGACUGAGGACUUGACCAGUGUGGAAUGGAGAGACACAAACUGGCUAGAGAAAGUGGGAGGUUUCCAAAAUCAACAAAUGGUGCUAGAUUACUUUGCUCUGUCUCCAUUUUGGGACAGACACUGCAACAACCAAGUAUUGUCCAUGCAAACGCAAUACAACGAUCUCAGACAACCGUAUGAAGCUACGGUUGAAGCACUUCGUAAAAUGACAGGCAUCGAGUUUGCAGUGGUCCAUGACCAACCUCCGGUAUGGAUCAUUCAAAAAAGAUACAGACGUGGGCCUGCUCCUGAUGAUGUGAAUCCAAUUGCAACGUAUUACAUUAUGGGAGCUAAUGUCUAUCAAUCGCCCACCAUUUACUCGGUGAUUGCGAAUCGAUUGUUGACAAGUCUAUUCCAUGUCAACAGCGCAUUCAAGGAGACACAGAGCAUGAUGGACUUUCAUCCGGCAAAGGGUUACAGUUGGAAGACAUCUGCAGAUACAAACAAAAAACCAGCCUCUUCAUCAGAGAAAUCACCACUUACAGCCAAGAGUGCUAGCACCAACACAGCGAGCACAUCGAAUACAGCUAAAAGCAACCUGAGGGCUCAAGAGACACAAGUAUUUAGACAUUGGAUGGAUAGAGCUAUCGAAACAGCAUCCAUCAAAGUGACUCAGGCACGACACAUCAUCGAUACACCAGAAAGUGACAAGAUGAAUGCAACUGGGGCGAUUGAUUCACCUAAUUCGCAACUUCGAGAUGACAUGAGUGGAAAAAGGUCGAGAAAGCGUAUGGACGAAGGAAACACAUUUAAUCGUAAAAAGAAGGCUGCAAAAUAG